GAGUACUAGUACUCGAGUAGUGUGCUGCUGUCUCUUCUGCGGGCGAUCUGUUCCCGUACGAUAGGAGGGCGGCGCUGUUCCUGAAUGAGACUUUUUUUAUUUUUAUUUUGGAUGGGGAGACAUGAAAUAAUAUUGGUGGUGAUGGCAGUUGAAGUCUUGGAGGCUAACAGGCUUACAGAGGCUCGAAUGUGAGUACCGGUACUGUACUAUGAUAGUACGAGUACUGUGCCUCCAGUAACUGGUUGGGCUUCAACAACCGCAGAAAUUCAAUAAAGGUUUACGAAUUCACGAUCUACACCACGUAAUGUCUACUCGUCCCCAAAACGUCGGCAUCAAAGCCAUUGAAAUCUACUUCCCUACCCAGUGCGUUGAUCAAGCCGAGUUGGAGAAAUUCGAUGGUGUCUCCACUGGAAAAUACACAAUCGGUCUUGGACAGACCAAGAUGUCCUUCUGUGACGAUAGAGAAGAUAUCUACUCUCUCUCAUUGACUGUUUCGGCACCGAAACUUUGCUCGAUAAGUCAAAGUCCGUAA